CGCAGACACUUUUUCUUUCUUUUUUUUUUUGGAAGCAGGAUGACAGCUGAAGGGCUCCUGGAGGCAUCGCGGCGCGGUCUCUAACAUUUACAACGGCAAUUAGGGACUUUAAGGACAGUUUUCAGCCUGUUGGAGUGUUUGUUUUUGGUCACAGGACGUACCGUUGCGGAUAUUUUCUUCUUUUUUUCAGCCAGAGAGGACAGAGUAUCCGGAUGUGGCGGCAGCAGCAGCAGUAGUGUUUGGUUUUCGCAUGGCGUAGACACCUUUACUAAAGCACCAAAUUCUUCAUGUUCGGAGGGUGCGAGGAGGCCCUCGGGUCUGCUGCUUUAUUUUGCUAACAUUAAAUAUAGGCCUAAUUCUAAAUCAUAAAACAGUGUGGCGAAUUUUCCAAGGCGAUGGUUGUGCAGUAGAUCGAGAGAGAGAGGAGGAAAAAAAACACGUUUUGACUUCUUCAUUGUUGUGACUGUGGAAGAGAUCAAUCCAGCAGGAACAAACACUUUUAAUUUCCUGUCGUAAAACUCCACAGCGUUUUCAAAGCUUCUACAGGGGGAGAAGAAAAGGGGGAUCUUUUUGUCUUCUGUGUUCAAACCCCUCUGAGGAUCAGAAAACCUUCAGGAUGACAAGCUGCACUCCAGCCGACAUGAUAAAUCUGCGGCUAAUUUUAGUCAGUGGGAAGACAAAAGAAUUCCUGUUCUCUCCAAAUGAUUCGGCUUCAGACAUUGCCAAACAUGUCUAUGAGAACUGGCCGAUGGACUGGGAGGAAGAGCAGGUCAGCAGUCCGAACAUCCUGAGGCUGAUCUACCAAGGCCGCUUUCUUCACGGCAACGUAACGCUAGGAGCUCUCAAACUGCCCUUGGGGAAGACCACAGUGAUGCACUUAGUUGCCAGAGAGACUUUGCCCGAGCCAAAUUCCCAAGGUCAGAGGAAUCGAGAGAAAACCGGGGAGAGUAACUGCUGUGUCAUUCUGUAAACACACGCCUCUGCCUUCAGCCCUUCAUCAGAACCGUCAUCUUGCUCACCCUCAGUGUAACGUCCUGGACGUAACAAGCUUGUCCCCUGGAAGCUCCCCACACUGGAUUUGCUCACAGACAAAUGCGCUCGCUCUCUCUCUCUCUCUCUCUCUCUCUCGUUUCUGUCAAUUGCUCACAUACAUAGAAAGACAGCAGGUGCUGAUCUAGGACACAGAAUGGGCACUGAGAUAUUGAUUGACACAUUGUAACUAAAAACUAGUGAAAAAGAAUUACAUUUGCAUGUAUUUUUCUUUGUUUGCACACCUCAUGAAACUGUCACACGCAUAUGUGUAUAAUACCUCUCGCCAUCCUCAGCUGGUCUUCUAUAUUGACGGUUUUGAGCUGGUUGUCAUGGUAAUACUGUGCCCAGGUUUGUGUGUGGCCUUGUGUUUUAUUUGUUAUUGUUGAGAUUACACACUAACAGCUCCACAUCCAACCACACACACACCUUUGUGAUCUCUGAUGGUCCAGUGGAUGAAGCUUAGACAGGCCCAAUUAGAAAACUCAAACCUGGACACACAAAUUCACAAUCUCACACACACAUCCUUUUUUUUUAAUGCCCUCCUCUGAAUGUGCCCUUAAAGUGCACAAUAGAGAAAUACAUUUUUGUAUAUUUGUUGGGAGAGUGCUUUACAAACAAACAAAUGCAAAAUCCUCUUCAUGCUUCAGCCAAUCAAAACCGAGCAAACAAACAAGCAGCCAGCGUUGGUCUUUCAGGUCAUUUGUUUGUCCAUGACUUUUGACCGAUCAGUGUUGUGAUUUAUCAAACACCAUUUUUAGAUUUCUUUCCUCGACAUUGCACCAUCCCCUUCCCAUAUUUUGCAUCUGUUCGAGAAAUAAGGGAAGAAAAUUCCUUCUAACCGCUGCUGCCCAUACAGGACAAAUUAACUUGGGAUCAUGAUAACACCCACCCCACCACCCCUGGUUUUGUCUUAAUGUUUCCUCUCUCUAAUCUGUUUCUGCAUUAAUAAAUUAAUUUUGCACAACUGAAGCAUGUGCAUCAUCAUCAUCAGAUUAAUACAGUGUAUAAAAACAUGUUUUACUUUGUAUUUUGGAAGUAAUGAUCCAAACUAAGGUAACAUGUAGACUAUAUUUAAUAUGAAUCUUAUCUAGAACUGAUGACUCUAGAACUUGUUGAUAUACAGUAUAUUGGUGUUUAGUCUGAUUGCGUGUAUGGUUAGCUUCUAGCCAGUUCACGGUCACUCGCUGACCACGUUCUUGUGCUUAAUAGCAGCAAAACCUAAUCAUCCACUGACUGGAUUUUCAUUUUCUUCUUUUCUGCUAUUUCAUUAUUUGUUUAUAAUUUAAUGUAAUCCUUUUUUUUCUUUAAAGAAUUGCUUUGUAACAGCAGUAGGUCUUUAAAAAUAUUGUUUAUAUCAAUCAGGGUUCAAAUCUGUACAGAGAAUUCAAACAAAUGUAAAUAGCUCUCUAAUGCUCCCUGUACCCCCUCCAAACUUCAAAUAGAGUACAUCUGUAAACUAAAUAAAGGUUAUUGAAGUGCA